GGUGCGUCUUUACGCCAAAGCGGAAGCUUUGGAGAUUUCCAGAAUUUCCAGAAAGACCGAACAACACACAGGAGGCUGAACCGCGGCGAAUCUUACCAGUUUGUGGGAUUUUCCACACAAAGCGAAAAGUAGCGUCUCCAUUUCCGUUUUUGCAUUGUCUUAACUAGUCUCCGGGGUUUUUUUGCGCGUCCAAAUUUGUGUUUUUACAAGCGAAACAGCGGCGAUGACGACCAUAGAUUACAGCGUGUGGGACCACAUCGAGGUGUCAGACGAUGAGGACGACAUUCAUCCAAAUAUUGAUACCCCCAGCCUUUUCAGAUGGAGACAUCAGGCCCGCGUGGAUCGGAUGGAGCAGUUCGAGAAGCAAGGGGCCGAUCUGGAGAAGAGUCGGGCGGAGUGUCGGCGUAAGCUGGCGGACUUGCAGAAGCGGAUCAAGGAGCUGGAGAGCGCGGGCACGGACGACGCCAAGGCGGAGCUGAGUCGGGCGCGAGACGAGGAGAAGCAGCUGAAGAAGGAGGAGCGCAGCUGGGAGAAGAAGAUUGAGGAGCACCGGCGCGAGGAAAAGAAGAUGCCCUGGAACGUGGACACACUGAGCAAGGAGGGCUUCAGCAAGAGUGUGGUGAACAUUAAGCCGGAGGUGAAAGAGGAGACUGAGGAGGAGAAGGAACAGAAGCACAAGACCUUCGUAGAGAAAUACGAGAAACAGAUAAAACACUUUGGGAUGCUGAGGCGCUGGGACGACAGCCAGAAGUACCUGUCGGACAACCCCCACCUGGUGUGCGAGGAGACCGCCAACUACCUGGUCAUCAUGUGCAUCGACCUGGAGGUGGAGGAGAAACAUGCUUUGAUGGAGCAGGUUGCACACCAGACCAUAGUCAUGCAGUUUAUCCUGGAGCUGGCCAAGAGUCUGAAGGUGGACCCCCGAGGCUGCUUCCGCCAGUUCUUCGCCAAGAUUAAGACUGCAGACCAGCAGUACCAGGACGCGUUUAACGACGAGCUGGAGUCCUUUAAGGAGCGCGUGCGGGGCCGGGCCAAGAUCCGCAUAGAGAAGGCCCUGAAGGAGUACGAGGAGCAGGAGAAACAGAAACGCCUGGGGCCAGGGGGCCUGGACCCUGUGGAGGUGUACGAGUCCCUGCCCGCGGAGCUGCAGAAGUGUUUUGAUGAGAAGGACAUUCAGAUGCUGCAGGACGCCAUCAGCAAAAUGGACCCGACGGAGGCGAAGAUAUACAUGCAGAAGUGCAUCGAUUCAGGGCUCUGGGUCCCCAACUCGCGGACCGAGGAGGAUGCUGGCGACAAGGAGGAAGAGAAGGAGGAGGCGGAGAAGGAGAAAGAGGCGGAGUGAAACAGACCUUGGGACGGACAGCUUUACUACACCACCUCCCUCCCCUCACCUACCCCCCACGCCCACUGUAUAUUGUCAACUUUUACGCCAAUACGCCCUACCCCACCCAAAACUGUUCUCAUUCUCGCUAUACUACUGUCCACCCCCCGCCCCCCCCCACCCAAUCAUUUUUUUCCCACCCCAUUACUCCACCUCCUACCCCCCAACCCCAUAGGUAUCUGAAUACUAUCAGUCAGACCAGAGGAAUUGGAAUAGGGAUUUUGUGGUUGUGAUGUCACAAAAUGAGAAAGAACUCCAAUCACAGAGUACAGCGGAUGCUACCAAUAGAACAAUGAGGACUUCUGGCCUGUACUUCCUGGAUCCCUGUGGGAAUUGGCAGGAAGUAGCCAGAACUUAUCCACCAAUCAGCAUAGGCUUUGUUCUGCUGGUUGUUUCCAAAGUGUUGUGAUGAUUGGUGGAGCUCCAUUCUGUUAUUGUGACAUCACAACCAACUUUACCCUCUUAUCCCUGAGACAGACCAGGUCAAGAUCAGCUUGGCAGCAGCAUCAGAUAUUCACUCUCCAUCCACUCCCUUUCCUCCCUGUUUGUGUAUGCGUGCAAAUCACACUGUAAAGUUUUGCUAUUCCUAGUGUGUCCCCCCACCCCAUGCAUUUCCUGAGGAUGACAUCCUUUUCAGUUUCGUUGCUCUUAUUGACUCAUGAAAAAUGACAUAUUCCAAAUAGUCAUUUCCUACACACGAGAUGUUUUUGUCCAGACGUCAUUAGUAUAUAAUCAUAAUAAAACAACAGAAAUGGAUAAAAUAAAUGACAAAGCACGAUGAAUUUGAUGUUUUAUGAUCGGUUGGAAACCCUUAUCAUAUGCAACCGUGUGUCCACACUCUUUAUUUUAUUUCUAGUUUCUGCCUUCACUGCAUUAGUACCCCUCAUGCUUUUAUUGGCUGUCAGAGACUGAUGAAGGUAAAUUAUAGAUGUGUUUUCCACACCGCUGGUUUGUCUGUGAAGUCGUGGGGGGUCCCCCCCUCUCGUCUCCCCGUCUGUCCUAAACCUCGGUGAAUGUCCACUGUAAAGCCGAGCUCUGUGUGCGGUUGUGCUUAGAGGCCGAGCGAGGGCCGGUUUUCAAAGCCUUCGACGGACAAGCAUUUUUUUUUUUGGGAUGCCCUCUUUUUGUUCAGUUUGCACGACGAGUUUCCGCGCGACUGACGCGUGCCCCUGCCUUCAGCGGCCAAUAAAAUGUUGCUUUGACGUGAA